AUGGCAGACACAGCUGUUGCAGCACCCGCCGACAAGAAGGGACCUCCCAAAUUCAAGCAGAGGGCUGCUCGCACCUUCAAGAGCAAGGCCCCUAAACCAGGCCAGAAGGGAUUUGGAGAUGACAUCCCCGGCAUGGAGGGUCUUGGCACAGACAUCACAGUGGUUUGCCCAUGGGAAGCCUUUGGUGACAUGGAGCUCAGCGACCUGGCGAAAUACGGAAUUGUCUAG